AUGCCCUCGGCCAAACAAAGGGGCUCCAAGGGCGGCCACGGCGCCGCGAGCCCCUCGGACAAGGGCGCCCACCCGUCGGGCGGCGCGGAUGACGUGGCCAAGAAGCCGCCGGCGGCGCCGCAGCAGCAGCCGCAGCCGCCCGCGCCGCACCCGCCGCCGCAGCAGCAGCAGCAGCACCCGCAGAAUCCGGCGCACCGGGGCGGCCACCGCGGCAGGUCCUCGGCCGCCGCCGCCGCCGCCGCCGCCUCCUCCUCGGCGUCCUGCUCGCGCAGGCUCGGCCGGCUGCUCAACUUUCUCUUCUACCUCGCCCUGGUGGCGGCGGCCGCCUUCUCGGGCUGGUGUGUCCAUCACGUCCUGGAGGAGGUCCAGCAGGUCCGGCGUGGCCACCAGGACUUCUCCCGACAGAGGGACGAGCUGGGCCAAAGCCUGCAGGGCGUCGAGCAGAAGGUGCAGUCUCUGCAAGCCACGUUUGGGAGUUUCGAGUCCAUCUUGAGAAGUUCUCAGCAUAAACAGGACCUCACAGAGAAAGCUGUGAAGCAGGGGGAGAGCGAGAUGAACCGUAUCAGCGAAGUCCUGCAGAAGCUGCAGAAUGAGAUUCUCAAAGAUCUGUCUGACGGGAUCCAUGUGGUCAAGGAUGCCCGGGAGCGGGAUUUCACAUCCUUGGAGAACACGGUCGAGGAGCGCCUCACAGAGCUCACCAAGUCCAUCAAUGACAACAUCGCCAUCUUCACCGAUGUCCAGAAGAGGAGCCAGAAGGAGAUAAAUGAUGUCAAGAUGAAGGUUGCCUCCCUGGAAGAAUCCAAGGGCGAUCGAAGUCAGGACCUGAAAAUCCUGGAGAAGGCCCUGAAGGAGGUCCAGGCCUCUGUGAAGUCCAGGGAGAGGGACAUUGAGGCCCUGCAGAGUUCCCUCCAGACCAUGGAAUCGGAUGUCUACACAGAGGUCCGGGAGCUCGUGAGUCUCAAGCAGGAACAGCAGGCGUUCAAGCAGGCAGCUGACUCAGAGCGCCUGGCCUUGGAGGCCCUCACCGAGAAGCUUUUGCGGUCUGAGGAGUCUUCCUCUCGCCUCCCGGAGGACAUCAGGAGACUGGAACAAGAGCUGCAGCAGCUGAAGGCCGAGGCCCAUGGGCCAGAGGAGGCCGUCGUCUUCAAAGACUCCAAAGCCUUAGAUGAACUCCAGCGGCAGAUCGAGGGCCUCGGGGCCAGGCUGCAGUAUGUAGAGGAUGGAGUCUACUCCAUGCAGGUGGCCUCUGCUCGCCACACAGAGAGCCUGGAGUCGCUCCUGUCUAAGAGCCAGGAGUACGAGCAGCGCCUGGCCAUGCUGCAGGAGCACCUGGAGAGCCUGGGGCCUUCUUCUGGUCUGGCCAGCACGGUGAGGAGCCUGGGGGAGGUCCAGCUGACACUGGCCGGCGAAGUGAAGGAGCUGCAGCAAAGCGUGGGUGAACUCCCCGGCACGGUGGGGUUGCUGCAGGAACAGGUGCACUCGAUGCUCGGCCAGGACCAAGCCCGGGCCACGGGCCUGCCUCCCCAGGACUUCCUGGAUAGACUCUCCUCUCUAGACAACCUGAAAUCCUCAGUGAGCCAAGUGGAGUCAGACUUGAAAAUGCUCAGGACUGCCGUGGACAGCUUGGUUGCCUACUCCGUCAAGAUCGAAACAAAUGAGAACAACCUGGAGUCAGCCAAGGGCCUGCUGGAUGACCUGAGGAAUGAUCUGGACAGGUUGUCUGUGAAAGUUGAAAAGAUCCAUGAAAACAUCUAAACGAACUCCUUGUGCGGGGCACACAUUUAUAGUCCAGUUUCUUACGACCAAAAAACAAAACAAAACAAAAUCAUUGUCCCUCCCAGGUACCCUCCCCCCU